CAAAAUAAAACAAUUCGGAGAUUGAUGGGAAAGUCAGCCAUUGCUUUAAGGAUCUCAGCGAGGCUGGGUUGAGGAGAGGAUGGGGGGAGAUCAUCUCUGAAGCGCGAGGCGGCUGCACAAGCAGGGGGCAAGGAGCCAAGGUCCCCCGAGGAACCUUCCGGGUUCCUCCUCCCGCCGCCGUGCCCAAAAUGCCCUGAUGGAGCUCGAGCUCCCCGCCCGGGGAUCCCGCCGCAGCAGCAGGAGGCCGGCGUCCCGGCGCGCGCGUGGAGGAGCUCCUGCUGACUGACAGCCAGGCGAUGCUCGGCGGCGGCGGCGGCGCAGGGCGCGGGGCGGCCCCUUAGGCUGGCACGGGCGCCCGUCUGUCCUCAAGGGCAGCGCUGGUGGCCCCGCUGCCCGGCGGCCGCGCUCGGCUCCAGGGGAGGCGCGGGCGGGCGGCGCGGCGGAGGGAUGGGCUGCGCUCCCAGCAUCCACGUCUCGCAGAGCGGCGUGAUUUACUGCCGGGACUCGGACGAGUCCAACUCGCCCCACCAGACCGCCACCACCGUCUCGCAGGGCACCGCCGCCACCUUGCACGGCCUCUUCGUCAAGACCGACGCGGCCGACGCCAUCCCUUCGGUGCUCGCCUACCAGAGCCGCCAGCCGCAGCAGCAGCCCACCUGCCCGGGGCAUCAGCGUAGGCAGCCCGCCGGCCGAGGGGGCAGCAGGAGCGUGGGGCGCCACUGCUGCGGCGUCGAGGCGGAGACCCAGACCAGCCAGACCAGCAUCAAGCAGGCUACAACUACAGAAAUACAAAUUGGGCCAAUGAGACUAACACAAGAUCCUAUUCAGGUGUUGCUGAUCUUUGCAAAAGAAGACAAACAGAGUGAUGGGUUCUGGUGGGCUUGUGAUAGAGCUGGAUAUAGGUGUAACAUUGCUCGGACACCAGAGUCAGCACUUGAAUGUUUUCUUGAUAAACAUCAUGAAAUAAUUGUAAUAGAUCAUAGAAACUCCAGAUACUUUGAAGCAGAAGCUGUCUGUAGGGCAAUCCGUGCAACAAAGCCUGCUGAACAUACCAUAAUAUUAUCUGUUAUUCCACAUACAUCAGCUGACCAAGAUGAAAUCUCUGUAGUCCCACUUCUUCAUGCGGGUUUUAAUAAGGUUUUUUGGGAGAAUAGCAGCAUAAUCGCAUGUUACAAUGAACUGAUUCAAAUUGAAUAUGGUGAGGUACGGUCACAAUUCAAACUACGGGCUUGCAAUUCAGUGUUUACAGCUCUAGACCACUGUCAUGAAGCUAUAGAAAUAACUAGUGAUGAUCAUGUUAUUCAGUAUGUUAAUCCAGCUUUUGAGCGAAUGAUGGGCUAUCAAAAAGGAGAGCUAAUAGGAAAGGAGCUCACUGAACUUCCAAAAAGUGACAAAAACCGUGCAGACUUACUGGACACAAUCAACACAUGUAUCAAAAGAGGAAAAGAAUGGCAAGGAGUUUAUUAUGCACGGAGGAAAUCAGGAGACAAUAUUCAACAGCAUGUGAAGAUAACUCCUGUGACUGGCCAAGGAGGGAAAAUCAGACAUUUUGUAUCCAUCAAGAAGCUGUGUUGCACCAACGAAGGCAACAAACAGAGCUACAAGAUUCAUCAUGAUGGGAAGUGCUCAGGAGAUCAGUUUCAUUCAGAAUCUCACGCCUUCAGAUGCAAGAACAGGAGAAAAGAAUCCAUCGAUGUCAAAUCAAUAACUUCUCGAAGCAGUGAUGCCCCAAGCUUACAGACUCGUCGGUAUUCAUCUGUGGCAAAAAUUCACUCCAUGACGAUAGAAGCUCCAAUUACAAAGGUUAUUAAUAUAAUCAAUUCAGCUCAAGAGAACAGUCCUGUGACUGUUGCAGAGGCCUUAGACAGAGUUUUGGAAAUCUUACGGACAACAGAGCUUUACUCUCCUCAACUAGGUACCAAAGAUGAAGAUCCUCACACUAGUGAUCUUGUUGGAGGUUUGAUGACUGAUGGCUUGAGAAGGUUGUCGGGAAAUGAGUAUGUAUUUUCUAAAAAUGUGAACCAGAGCCACGGUAACCUCCCAGUGCCUGUUUUCAUCAAUGAUGUUCCACCCUGUAUUGCACACCUAUUAGAAAACGAAGAGAGCUGGGACUUUAAUAUUUUUGAAUUGGAAGCUGUCACACAUAAAAGGCCACUGGUUUAUCUAGGGAUGAAAAUUUUUGCCCGCUUUGGUGUCUGUGAGUCUUUAAACUGUUCAGAAGUCACACUCCGAGCCUGGUUCCAGGUGAUUGAAGCCAACUAUCAUUCCUCCAAUUCCUACCAUAACUCCACCCACGCAGCUGAUGUCUUGCAUGCUACUGCAUUCUUUCUGGGGAAAGAAAGAGUUCAGGGGAGCCUUGAUCACUUAGACAUAGUAGCUGCAUUAAUUGCUGCCACAGUUCACGAUGUGGAUCAUCCAGGCCGGACCAACUCGUUCCUGUGUAACGCAAGCAGUGAGCUCGCUGUUCUCUACAAUGACACUGCAGUAUUGGAAAGCCACCAUACAGCUCUAGCAUUCCAGCUCACAGCAAAAGACAACAAAUGCAACAUUUUCAAAAAUCUCAGCAGAAAUCAUUAUCGGACUCUUCGUCAGGCAAUUAUUGACAUGGUUUUGGCAACAGAAAUGACGAAACACUUUGAACAUGUAAAUAAGUUUGUGAACAGUAUCAUCAAGCCCUCAGAAGAAAGUAUUUCCAAUAGUGAGGGUAGUGACUGUGGCUGCACAACCAGUCUCAAGAACUUUCCAGAUAAUCAAACAUUGAUCAAGCGCAUGAUGAUUAAAUGCGCAGAUGUUGCAAAUCCAUGUCGACCUCUAGAACUCUGUAUUGAAUGGGCUGGCAGGAUUUCAGAAGAAUAUUUUGCACAGACUGAUGAAGAAAAAAGGCAAGGACUACCAGUUGUUAUGCCAGUAUUUGACCGAAACACAUGUAGCAUUCCUAAGUCUCAGAUAUCCUUCAUUGAUUACUUCAUCAUGGACAUGUUUGAUGCUUGGGAUGCAUUUGCACACCUACCUGCUCUGAUGCAGCACUUGACAAGUAAUUACAAACACUGGAAAACAUUAGAUGAAUUAAAAUGUAGAAGCCUCAGGCUGCCUCCAGAGAACAACAAUGGAAGCUGAAGAGAAAAAAAUGGGACAACAUAGCCUACCACUCACUGUGAACCAUUCACUGGUAUGGACCCAAGUGGGACAGAAUAUCCUUCACAAUGAAGUGACCAACUGGGCAGCAAGGAGAAAAUAGUUUCUCAUUUUUAAAUACUAAAUUCAGCAAAUGUUUGCUUUUAUAAAGAUAAUCUAGAGACCAAUGAAUGCUUUAUAGAAUUACUGUCUUUUUUGCAGCACAACAGGUACUUUUAAAGGUAGUUUUAUAAAACUGUUGUAAUCAGCAAUUGGUAUAAUUUUGUUUGCAAGCCAAAAUUUGUCAUGCAUAUGAAUCCCAUAUAUGGGGGCAGCAUAGUCUUAAAAACAUGUUUAGCUGGAGUGACAAUUUUAUACAAGCAGCCAUUAGCUCUAACAAAACAUGAUUGGCGGGGGGAUGUUAGGAAAAAGCAACAAAUUAAACUUGUGUUUGUUAAGAUGAUUAACAUUUUCUGAAUGUAAGAACAGUUAUGUCACACAAUAAUGUCAAACUUUGUUCUGUUUCAUUUGCACACAAUCUUCUCUAAAUCUGCUUGUGCCUUUAUUAUCAGGUUUCCCUUUGGACUUCCAUGUCAGGGAACAGUUUGUUUGCACAAUAGGUAUGUGCCCACAAUUGAAGGCUCUGGAAAAUUGGAUCCUCACUGUGCUCAGUACCUGGGUACAUAAGAAGCACCUUCAUGUAUCUGUUUUUGCUUGUUUUAUAAAGUUAAUAGUAGGAAACAUUACUAUUCAAAAAUGCGAUUCAAUCCAAACUUUUCUUUGCCAUCUAACAGGUGACAGUGAGCUAACAGGUGACAGGUGAGGGUUACCAGGUUGCCACUGGCAGGGGACCUGGGGGCGGGUUUUGCCAGAUCCAGACUGAGAAACUCCUAGAGAUUUGGGGAGUACUGUACUGGGGAGUACAGGGACCUCUGGGGCAGGGUGUGUGUGUGUAAAAUGUCAUAGAAUCCAUCCUCCAAGGCAUCCAUUUUCUCCAGAGGAACUGAUCUUUGUAGUCUGGAGAUGAGCUGUAAUUCUGAGGGAUCCCCAGGUCCUACAUAAAGACUGACAUCCUUAGUGAGCCAUAUUAUGAAAAUUUAUACAAGAAAUAGUUCUGAACUGCCUACUUUCAGCAGCACAACAUUGUUUUCUUAGUAUACAUGCUUGGAGAGCCAGCGUGGUUCAGUGGUUAAGAGCAGGUGCACUCCAAUCUGGAGAACCGGGUUUGAUUCCCCGCUCUGGCACUUGAGCUGUGGAGGCUUAUC